AUGCGCUUCACCAUCACCUGCGCUUGGCUCGUCGCCUUCCUCCUCCCGCUCGUUGCAGCCACCCCGCUCCCGGCUCCCAACCCCGAGGCACUUGGCCUUGCCGAGCCUGACGCCAACCCCGGUCCCAACCCGGACGUGACCCGCAUCAACCUUGCCGCGCGCGCCACGCCCACUGCCGGGCCGCACAAGGGUAUCGCGACGUUCUACAACACCAACAUUAGCGGAAAUCGGGUCGCCUGCGGUGGCACCUACAACUGGAACCGGCCCAUUGUGGCCGUCACCUGGCCCGUCUUCAACUCGUGGGGUACCUCUGCCCCUCGUCACCCCAACGACGCGCCGAUCUGUGGCCAACACGUCAAGAUCACUGCCAACGGCAAGACGCACCUUGCCGAGAUCCGCGACAUCUGCCCGACCUGCGGCGGCACGUACGACCUCGACAUGUCCCCGUCCCUCUUUGCGUACUUUGGCUACACGGACCACCACGGCAUCUUCCCCAUUACGUGGGAGUACGUCUCGGGCAAGCAGCAUCUCCCCAACCUCCCGAUCCCGAGCUGGGCCCGCCCGUACUUUGUGCGCACGGGCGAGAUCUAG